UGGGAUGGGAACCACGCUGCCUCCCAGGCUGCGUGCUGCGAGUUAAGCGCGGACCUUUUAACGUGAGAUUUAUUAAUUAUCACGCUAGGACCCUGGAAGGCGAUGGAGGUGGCAGCUAAUUGCUCCCUGCGGGUGAAAAGACCUCUGUUGGAUCCCCGCUUCGAAGGUUACAAGCUCUCCCUCGAGCCGCUGCCCUGUUACCAGCUGGAGCUUGACGCAGCUGUGGCAGAAGUAAAACUUCGAGAUGAUCAGUAUACCCUGGAACACAUGCAUGCUUUUGGAAUGUAUAAUUACCUACACUGUGAUUCGUGGUAUCAAGACAGCGUCUACUACAUUGAUAACCUUGGGAGAAUUAUGAAUUUAACAGUGAUGCUGGACACUGCCUUAGGAAAACCACGAGAGGUGUUUCGACUUCCUACAGGUUUGACAACAUACGACAAUCGCCUUUGUGCGUCCAUCCAUUUCACGUCUCCUACCUGGGUUACCUUGUCAGAUGGAACUGGAAGAUUGUAUCUUAUUGGAACAGGUGAACGUGGAAACAGUGCUUCUGAAAAAUGGGAGAUAAUGUUUAAUGAAGAGCUUGGGAACCCUUUUAUCAUAAUUCACAGUAUCUCAUUGCUGAAAGCCGAGGAACAUUCAGUAGCUACCCUGCUUCUUCGAAUAGAGAGAGAGGAAUUGGAUAUGAAAGGAAGUGGUUUCUGUGUUUCCUUGGAGUGGGUCACUAUCAGUAAGAAAAAUGAAGGUGAAAAAUAUGAAAUUACUAAGCAUGAUGUUCUCCAUGGAAAGUCAGUGCCACAUUAUGCUGCUAUUGAGUCUGAUGGCAAUGGUCUAAUGAUUGUCUCCUACAAGUCCUUCACAUUUGUUCAGGUUGGUCAGGAUCUUGAAGAAAGUGGGGAUGAAAACAUGUCGGAGAAAAUCAAAGAACCUCUGUAUUAUUGGCAACAGACUGAAGAUGAUUUGACUGUAACUAUACGGCUUCCAGACGACAGUACUAAGGAAGACAUUCAAGUACAGUUUUUGCCUGACCAUGUCAACAUUGUGCUGAAGGGUCAGAGGUUUUUGGAAGGAAAUCUUUAUUCAUCUAUUGAUCAUGAAAGCAGUACAUGGAUAAUUAAAGAGAAUAAUAGCUUAGAGAUUUCCUUGAUUAAGAAGAAUGAAGGACUGACAUGGCCAGAGUUAGUGGUUGGUGACAAACAAGGAGAAUUUAUAAGAGACUCAGCCCAAUGUGCUGCAAUAGCUGAAAGGUUGAUGCAUCUGACCUCUGAAGAACUGAAUCCAAACCCAGAUAAAGAAAAACCUCCUUGUAAUGCUCAAGAGUUAGAAGAAUGUGAUAUUUUCUUUGAAGAGAGUUCCAGUUUAUGCAGAUUUGAUGGCAGUACAUUAAAAACUACUCAUGUGGUGAAUCUUGGAAGCAACCAGUACCUUUUCUCUGUCAUAGUAGAUCCUAAAGAAAUGCCCUGCUUCUGUCUGCGCCACGAUGUCGAUGCCCUACUCUGGCAGCCACGCUCCGGCAGACAAGAUGAUAUGUGGGAGCAUAUCGCGACUUUCAAUGCUUUAGGCUACGUCCAAGCAUCAAAGAGAGACAAAAAAUUUUUUGCCUGUGCUCCAAAUUACUCUUAUGCAGCCCUUUGCGAGUGCCUUCGACGAGUUUUCAUCUAUCGUCAGCCCACUCCCAUGUCCACUGUACUUUACAAUAGGAAGGAAGGCAGGCAAGUAGGGCAGGUUGCUAAGCAGCAAGUAGCAAGCCUGGAAACCAAUGAUCCUAUUUUAGGCUUUCAAGCAACAAAUGAGAGAUUAUUUGUUCUCACUACCAAAAACCUCUUUUUAAUAAAAGUAAAUACAGAGAAUUAAUUACUCUGACAUGUUGGCUUUUCUGUACUGAAAAAUUAUUCAGUGGUAGCUGGAAGGUGGGGCAGUUGUGCUGUGAGCUGUUAAGUUUUACUGUGUUAAAUAAAGUUAUCUCAUAUGAAUUUAUUUUUUAAAGGCUAUUGGAAAUAUAUUCAAGAGAUUAUGACUCUAUAAAAGCUAUGGAAUGAAGCUACAAAUUUAGAGAAAAUUAGCUUCUGUAAAAAAUGUAAACAUAGUAUUAUCAAGUAUAAUUAUUUUUUAAAAGCAGGCUAGAAUCUCAUCUUUUAUAUGAAAGAUGUACAAUUCAUUAUUUAAAAAUAAAAGUAUCAUGUACACUUGUUAACUGAUAUAGUUUCUACUUCCGUACCUAUAUAGGUAUAGGAUAAUAGUUAAAAUGUUGACUCUUGUAAAUACUUUUUAAGUGGACUGAAUAGCGGGAGUUGAGGGGGAAAUACAGCAGGAGUACAGCAAGUCUAAUACUGUUAAAGUGUGCUGAGAGACCAUAAGUGUUUUUCUGAUUAAGUAUAGCUUUAACUUUUAUCAAUUUGCUCUUCCACAGACAUACAUAGAUGAUAAGGUUCUACAAAUACCGCUCUUAUCCAUUGGUAUAUAACAAACCACUCCAAAACUCAGUGGUUUAAAACAGGAUGUUUUAUAAUUUUUCAUAAUUCAGUGACUUGACUGUCUCUAUUCUACAUGGCUUCUCCUCCUCCAGGAGGCUGGACUGUUUCUUUCCAUGACAGAGAAACAUUCCAAAAGGGCAGGCUCUAAUGUAUGUUUAAGAGUCUAUCAAGCUGCACUUCCAUUAUAUUUGCUCGCCUUUCAUUGGACAAAGGAAGUCACAUGGUCAAAGCAAGUCUAGGGUCGGUAUGAGAGGGAGUACAGAGGGAUAUAGACAGCAGGUGGUGUGUGUGAUUUGCUGGGAGCCAUUAAUGUAAUAAUUAUAAUUUGCCCUUUCAGUUCUCCUUAGAUUUCUGCAGUUAAGAAAAGGUAAUCCUGUUUAUACAUUAAAUAUAUUUUGCCAUGAAUUUUAGUUUCUCAUUAUUUCCUUGGAUUUAUUUUGGUUUUCAUUUACCUGGAAAAUUAACUUUUAUACCAUUUUUGUAUGUUUCUUACAUAAACUUCGAGUUAAAUUUUGUAUUCUAUAGAAUUGAGACUUUAAGAGGCAGAAAAUGAAGAGAAAAAAUAUAAGAUAGGCAAGAGAUUUAGGAAUGAAUGUUUCCUACCUUCUCAAGUGUUUGGCUGAAUUAAAUUUUCAUGAAAGAGUAAGAAGUAAGUUUGAGAGACAAAAAAGGAGGAAAAGGAUAAGGAUUACAUGCAUGUUCUAAACACUGUCAGAAUGCAGUUUCCUAGAGGAAAUGCUAGAGGAGAAGUUAGGCAAGUCCUGAGAACUAGCAGUGACAGUGGAGCCCUACUAGUACCCUGUCAGUGGUGUGGUCUCUUUCCCAGUACUGUCAAGCAUCGUGAGAUCAUGAACAUGGGAGGGGGGUGCAGUCGGGCUGAACCAAAAAAACAAAGCAGUGAUAUUUCCAGAACUUUUUACUGUCAUUGUAAAAUGUAAUGAAACAAGACUAUUUAGACAGUGAACUACUAAAAGCCUUUAUUAUGUGACAGUAGGCUUAAGUUUUCUUUAAAAUUUACCUCAAAGAUCAUACAUACCCUCUUAGGGUAUAUAAGAAAAAUGCAGAUUAAUGUGGUGCUUAAUUAACCAUAUGACAAUGUAUAUAUGCAAAUAUCCAUGUAGUAAUUUUCUUUACUUUGUAUAUGUGACUUUUAACGUGAUUAAUGUUGAAUUGAAACCUGUCAGGAUAAUUAGUCUUAAAUAUUGUUGCAUAUUGAUCUGUGUUGAGAGUAAGAGGUCUAGAGCUGUGAUUCCAAGCCAUAUUUUCUUAAAAUAUGUCAAGGAUUCCACAAACAUAUAGCUCAGCUUAAUGUUCUAAACUUUUUAAAAUAAUAAACACAUUUAAAGGAAGUAUAUACAGUAA